AACACACAUGUAUAACCUCAGUUAUGAUGAAUUUGAUCUUUAUGGAAUGCUAGUGUGAAGAGAUUUAGCAGAACCUCGUAUUAAAUGCUCCACUGAUGGUACCAUAGAAAUUUAUCAGUUACUUAAUAUCAUUUUACAGCUGUCUGUCAUUGUGUUCCUGCGGCAGGAAAAAAAAAAGAUUGGUAAAAAUAAUACCUGAAUGCAGAUUGUAGGAGUUGCAAAUACCCCCCACUCACCCUUACCACUCAUCAAGCAACCUUGCGCAUCAGCAGGUACUGCAGCAGCAGCUGUAGGCGCACCUCCUGCGAAGGCUGCUGCUGUGUUCUCAUUGGCUGCCUGCGUGAGCUGGCUUCCGAGAUCCUGCAGAGCGCCCCCUAUGAACGACAAGCACAGUGAAAAGCAAGUGGCUCAGUGAUCGAGCCUGUGAAAUACGGGGAGGAAACCUAAUGGACUAGCAGUACGCUCGGAGUGACCACUUGAGGGUUCCUGGUUGCCUUUUUUGCCUUGCUGCGCCCGCUCUGGCUCCUAUACUGUAUGCGACAACUUACAUCUGUCUUCUUUCCAUUUGCCUCUAGGUGGAAAGUUCCUUCAGUUACUUGGAAGUGUAUGACAUCACCCUGACGGACAUUAGCCAGGUUAUCAUAGAAACGGACAGAUUCUCCUACGCAUUCAUACUCAUGUCAUUGGAAGAUUUAGAGCAAGUAGUUAACCAUGUCACUGCUUCACUUAAGAAAAUUUUUCCAGAUUACUCACCUGGGAAAAUACUCAAGAAAUCAUCACCAGAUCUACAAGAAAAAAUCAAGAAAUUAACAGCUAAUUUAGAAGAAGUACAAAAGACCAACCAGGGACCCUGUGGUGGAUUUUCAGAAACAUAUGCUGCUUUGUGUGAUUAUAAUGGAUUCCCCUGUCGAGACGAAAUUCAGUGGGAUGUGGAUAACAUUUAUCAUAGUCAAGACUGCAGGGAAUUUAAUCUUUUAGAUUUCAGUCACCUAGAAAGCAGAGAUGUAGCCCUCAGCAUUGCUGCCUUGUCCUUUAAUCAAUGGUUUACCAAGCUCUACUGCAAGGAUUUCAAACUGAAUCUAGAGGUUUCUGAACAAAUACUCUUCCUGAUCAACAAGUCACUGAAGCUGGAAGAAGUGGCAUUAGAAAACAGUGGACUGAAAUUUGAUUUUGCCCAGAGAAUGGCACAAGCACUUGAAGACCAUCAUAGAUCAGUGUUGCACACCAUCAGCCUGGCCAACAAUCAGAUAGAAGAUAAAGGAAUUAUGGCUUUUGGUUAUCAGUUUGAGAGAAUGCCAAAAGGAAUGAAACACUUAAAUUUCUCCCGGACAUCAAUCACUUCAAAAGGAGCAAAUUGUUUAUGCCAGUCAUUUACUGCUAAUGAGUAUUUUAAAAACUCUCUUCAGUACCUCGAUCUGUCUGGAAAUCCAGGAAUAUUAGCAACAGAUGAAGAGUGUCUAUACAACUUCCUCAUGAAUCCAAACUCGCUGAGCCAUCUUGACCUCUCCGGUACUGACUGUGCACUGGAUUCUCUUUUUGGAGCACUGCUUCACGGAUGCACUUCAAACCUUACCUACCUCAAUGUCUCCAAAAAUGCAUAUUCACAUAAGAAGACAAAGGAUAUACCUGCUGCAAUUAAAGAGUUCUUCAGUGUUUCUGAGUCUCUUAAAUAUAUUGGGCUGUCUGGUACCAAAAUUCCACCUGAAGCUUUGAGAGCAUUACUUCAGGGGCUUGCCUCCAAUACUCGUCUUACUGAUGUACAUCUGGACAUGAGCAGCUGUGAGCUGAGGUCAGCUGGAGCACAAGUGAUCCAGGAUCACAUUUUUGAUGCUAACGCUAUUAACAGCCUGGAUUUAUCAGAUAAUGGUUUUGAUACUGAUAUGGUGACAUUGAUUAUAUCAAUUGGACGAAGCAAGUCAAUAAGGCAUAUUUCGUUGGGGAAGAAUUUUAACUUCAAAUCAAAGACGUUGGCUGAUGCCCUACACAGGAUUGUUCAACUUAUCCAGGAUGAGGACUGCCCAAUCCAGUCUCUGUCAGUUGCAGACUCGCGCCUGAAAUCUGGUACAAAUGUGCUGAUAAAUGCACUUGGCAGCAACACCAGUCUUACAAAACUUGACAUCAGUGGCAACAGUAUGGGCGAUACAGGAGCGAAGAUGUUGGCCAAAGCAUUGCAAAUCAAUACAAAACUCAGCACAGUAAUCUGGGACAGAAACAAUACAACUGCAAAUGGCUUAUUUGAUAUUGCUAAUGCUCUGCAAAGGAAUUACACGUUGAAAUCCAUGCCUCUGCCAAUGAAUGAUAUAGUGCAGGCUUAUCGAAAUAAUCCAGAGAAAACGGAAGAAGCAGUGCAGAAGAUCCAGUCUUACCUUUUACGGAAUAACCAAGUGCGGAGGACAUCUCCUGAGCAGGCCUUCCGACUGCAGCAAGGAAUUAUAACAAGCGCUUCGGAGCAGAUGGUGGACAGACUGUGUACAAAAGUGCAAGAACAUGUGACAUCACUGAGUAACGCACCUGGGAAGGAAGUACAGGAAGAUGUCUUGUUUGCUGAAGACACUGUGAAAUAUGCAAAGACAUCAGUGGGUUUUUUGCCAGUUUUAUACAAAAUGGGAAGCAGUUCGUUUUCAGAUAGCCCCUUACAUGGUAAGCUGGAGACGAUGUCUGAGGAGAUUUCACAUGCAGUUAAUGAGGAAAUUCGGAACUUCCUGCAGGCUAUGAUGUACACAACAAGAACUCUUUGCCCAAAAGUAAUGCAGAAAUCCGACAUGUGGGAGCAGUACAUCAACAGAUUGUCGAACAAAAUGCUUCUAGAAAAAGGUUUCGUACAGAAUGUGCUUGUAGAGCAAGCUGGCAUCGAUGUUUUCAAUAAACUGAGUGAGAUUAAGCUAUCAAUUACUGCUGCAAUAUCAGAAAAAAUCAUUGAUGAAGUGUUAGAAGAUCUAACUGUUGCACAGCAGAAGUUGGUAGAAAGAAUAGCAGCACAUAUUGAAGACCCUCCAUCAAUUACAGCAAAAGAGGCAGAUGAUGACUCUUUCUGGGGAAAAAGUAACUUUGCCUAUGAACUAUCUGAAGAUGGUUUUCCAACAGAUGAGUAUACUCAGGUUUUACGAAGAAAAACAAAACACUCCAGGAGCAUUCGACCAACACCUGCUGUAACAAGUCUAUCUGAGCUGGAUAUUAUCGAGGGCCAGACGGAGGAUAAUGAGUCAGAAGCCAACUGGGGUUUGCUGUCAGUCAACUGCGUUCCUGGGAAGUCACACCCUGUCUCAUCUGAGGAUGCUGGAGCUAAAAGCAAUUUGCCUCCUUCCAAAGAGCCAGCAGACACACAGCCCCUUAUGGAGCUGCCUACUGAAGGCCAGAAACUGGAGCAUUGCACCCGUGCUAGGCCCAGACCUAAUCGCAGGAACAAGCAGCCUCCCAGCAAGCAUACUCCUGUAGUGUGUGACACUGAAGAAAGUGAGACGAAUACCAGAGUGGAUGACGGAUUAGAAGAAUUCUUCAACAAAAGACUGAUAGAAGAACCUGUUCAGAUUCAUUCAGGGAGAGAUGAAGAAUCUGUGACUUCAGUGUCUUCUGGUUCUAAGAACAUCAAAAAGAAAUUUGGGGAUUACUUCCUUUUUAAGAAAACCAAGUAUAGCAAAACCCAGAAGCCAGAGAAAGAAUUAGAAGGCAACACAGCACCAAACAAAAGACUGAAGCAAUCUUUUGCAGAGUUAUUACGAGCUCCAAGCAGGUCAGGGGACAGCAGUAAGUUAAAGCCUGAAGAAAAAGAUACCUUGGAGAUAGAAUCCAGCCAAGAAGAAAGCAAAACGCCUGAUUCUGAGAAAAGAAAUGUGUCAAAACGCGCUCUGAGGGAAGGGAAGACUCAGUCUUUAAUCCUUAUGUCUGGUGGAAGCCAAGAUGACUUGUCUACUCAUGAUAAGAAGCGACUUUCAGACAGAUGUGAAGUGGAUAUCCCAAACACAUUUGAGCAAAGAGUCCAUGUAAUGCUGCACAAGAUAGGUGUAAAAGGCCAGUCAUCUGACUCAAAGAAAAAGCAAAAUAAGGAAGGAGAAAUCAAGAAAGCAGGUUCUGAUGGAGACAUUGUGGAUACGCCAGAACCUCUUCCUCCAGCUCCAUUGCCUCGAACCUUUUCAGCUUCAAACACAGGCAGUCACACCGAACGAGCAGAAGGAAAGGAGGUCAAAGGAGAUGGUCAGAAGAUGCAGUGGUUGGCCUUAGGAAAACAACUUAACUCUGAAUUAAAACUGAAGCAUUCGGAACCCAAGUCUUCACCACAGAAAUCAUUCACAGAUGGGCAACUACAUCCAAAGAAAGAUACAGAUGGAGACCCUCGAGAUAGUAAUUCCCCUUCCAGGUUGAGCAAGUCUUCUCCCAUUCCUCCUCUAAAGAAAGUGAGCAGUCAUGGAGAACUCAAAGAAAUGAAUGAAACCACAAUGGUGCAAGUCAUGAAACCUGAAGAAAAUCAGCCAAAGCCCAAACCACGAGUAAUGAAUUUUCGUUACAGGAAAGCCAUUUCUGUCCAUGAAGAACAGCUCAGUAUGCAGACUUACUCAUCACAACAGGAAGUCAUUAAGGUUCCUCCAAUCAGACUGCAGAGAUCACCAGUAAUGAAAAAGAAGAAACCUGAACUCAUUAAAGAUGUCGUAGUUACAGAAGAACUGGUUAUAGAGACCGAUGAAAGCAUGGAAAAUGAGAAAAAAAGACUUUCAUCCUCAGCUACAGACAAGCUGCAGCUGGAGACAUCACCAGGACCUACCCAGGACACAGAAGGCCACAUUACUGGAACCAUGUGCUUCUUAGUAAAAGAGGAAAGAAAUGAAGGCCCCAGUGAAGAUACAGAUGUGUAAAUAGUAAUGAUAUGACCGCCCUAGUUCGUAAUGUCAGCAUGACUUUGUGAAAAUAAAACUUCAGUCUCAUGAAAGAGCAAAAUGAAGGGAAAAAAGACCUCUGGUUUUAAGAUUUACUUUCACUGUAUAAUGAUUAUUUCCAAGCCCAAUGUAUUAUAUCCCAAUUGACUAAAUAUAUUUUAGCUCUCAGCAGCAAAUGUGAUUCCUAGUUUUAAAUUAUAUUUUUCUUCUGGUGUACAAGGCUACCUUUUACCUUUUUUUUAACAAGGACAGCCAACUCUGGCCAAUAAUUUUCUGAAAUUGUAAUGGCUAUCAUGCAGUUGAUGCACCAGAUUGUGAGGUGGUAUUGAGAUGACUGUAUUGUUUGCACAAAAGCUGUAAAUUGUAUAUAACACAAAAUACAAGGCACUUUGUUUAAGGGUAUUUUGUUAUGGCACGUGUAAAUGCCAUGUGUGAUAUUCUUCCUUUCCUAUACCUACACAGGCAUGCGGUAUUAAUUUUGCCAAGCACUCUAGCAGUCAGAAAUGAAAUGUAUAUUUUAUAAAAUAUAAGAUUUAAACAACAA